AUGGAGCAGAAUAAGCAUGAGGAAGAGGAGGUUUGUUGUAGUGAUUAUAACAAUAAAUUACCUCCUUUAUCUGCAAAAUACCCAUGGUUUGUUGUUCAGAAUUUGGAAAACCUUACUCACCAGCUGUUCUCCACCUUACACGACCCGUUGCUUAAGCAUCAUGUCGAAUCCCUGAGUUGUCCGGGAAACUUGGUUUCCGUACAAACAGUAACAAAACACCUCAAGUUUUUAACGGAGAUCGUUAAAGCAGAUCUAGCAUCAAAAACUCUUACCAGUGCAGCUGAAGAAAUCUUCAAAUAUGAAGUUCUAAUAAUCGCCACUGGAUCUACAGUUUUUAGACUGGAUGACUUUAGUAUAGAAGGGGCUGAUUCGAAAAACAUUUUCUACUUAAGAGAAAUUCAAGAUGCUGAUAAACUUGUAGAAGCUAUCCAAAACAAGAAAGAUGGAAAAGCUCUCGUUGUUGGAGGAGGAUAUAUUGGCCUUGAGCUUAACGCGGCACUAAUAAUAAACAACUUUCAUGUUAGCAUGGUCUACCCAGAACCAUGGUGCAUGCCUCGUUUUUUCACGGCGGAUAUGGCUGCUUUCUACGAGGGUUAUUAUACGAAAAAAGGAGUCAAUAUCAUCAAGGGGACGGUGGCUGCUGGUUUUAUCAGUGAUGAAAAUGGAGAGGUAAAACAAGUUAAACUAAAAGAUGGUAGGGUGGAGGAUGCAGAUAUCGUUGUUGUUGGUGUUGGAGCAAAGCCUCUGAUAAAUCUAUUCAGAGGACAAGUCAAAGAGGAGAAAGGCGGAAUUAAGGUCUAUUUGCACUUCUGAAGAAAAUUUUAUUUUCGCUUAUUUUUACCAUCUCUUUCAUUUGCGCCAAAUGAGUCAUGUCAGAAACAAUGCCUUUUUUAGUACUGAUUCAAAAUGGGCCGCUUGAUUAAAGCGACCUCUUAUUCAAAAACGUUGAAAUUUUGUAUACAAUUAACGCAUUAAAUAUGAUAACAUGAAAUAUAUUACUUCAA